GAAGCGCUGGAAUGAGCGCGCCUGCGCAAUGGCCGCUCAGGCUGCUCUUCCCUAGCGGGCGGCUCUUAGCUUUGUAUUCCAGCCCUGGAAGGCAGCGUGAGAAGGGUUGAUUUUUAUUGUUUUUUGUUUGUUUUUGUUUUUGUUUUUUGUUUUUUGUCGCCUUUGCUCCCGGCUCAUAGUUUCCCCACCAAUGGGCCUUCAAAACCUACUGCUGCUACUACGAACUUAGGCAGUCACUAUGUCGGCUCUAUGAUGUCCGUUCUUGCACUAGAACCUUCCCUGAGCGACUGAGGUCUGCCGACGGGGCUGCUCAUGAAAGUGAUCUUCUUAAGGCAAUUAAAAACCCGUGGAAUGGAAAGAAAAUGCUCCAGGCGCCCUGGGUUAGGCCCACCAACGCUGUACACAUUCCUGCUAGGCAUUAUAUUCAUUACUCUAAGUUCAAGUCGAAUCUUACUGGUAAAAUACUCUGCCAAUGAAGAGAACAAGUAUGACUAUCUCCCUACCACUGUGAACGUGUGCUCAGAGCUGAUGAAGCUGAUUCUCUGUAUACUUGUGUCACUCUGUGUUAUAAAGAAAGAAGAUCAUCAAAGUAGACAUUUGAGAUGUACUUCCUGGAAGGAAUUCUCAAGUUUCAUGAAGUGGUCCAUUCCUGCCUUUCUGUACUUCCUGGACAACUUGAUUGUCUUCUAUGUGCUGUCCUAUCUUCAGCCUGCCAUGGCUGUUAUCUUCUCGAAUUUUAGCAUUAUAACAACAGCUCUUCUAUUCAGGAUAGUGCUGAAGCGGCAUCUGAACUGGAUCCAGUGGGCAUCCCUCCUGAUUCUGUUCUUGUCUAUCGUGGCCCUAACAGCCAGUACCAAAACGUCCCAGCAUGAAUUGGCAGGACAUGGAUUUCAUCAUGAUGCCUUCUUCACCCCAUCUAAUUCCUGCCUUCAUUUCAGGAGAGACUGUUCCCUAAGAGACAAUUGUACAUCGAAGGAGUGGACUUUCAGUGAAGUCCAGUGGAACACCACAGCCAGAGUUUUUAGUCACAUCCGUUUGGGCUUGGGCCACGUUCUGAUUAUAGUUCAAUGUUUUAUUUCUUCAAUGGCCAAUAUCUAUAAUGAGAAGAUCCUGAAGGAGGGGACACAGCUCACUGAGAGCAUCUUCAUACAGAAUAGCAAGCUUUAUUUCUUUGGCAUUGUUUUUAAUGGGCUGACCCUGGUCCUUCAGAGCAGUAACCGUGACCAGAUUCAGAACUGUGGGUUUUUUUAUGGCCACAAUGCAUUUUCAGUAGUCCUUAUUUUCGUGACUGCCUUCCAGGGCCUUUCAGUGGCUUUUAUCUUGAAAUUCUUAGAUAACAUGUUUCAUGUCUUGAUGGCCCAGGUGACAACUGUCAUCAUCACAACAGUGUCCGUCCUGGUCUUUGACUUCAGGCCCUCCCUGGAUUUUUUCCUAGAAGCCCCAUCAGUUCUCCUCUCCAUAUUUAUUUAUAAUGCUAGCAAGCCUCAAAAUCUAGAGUGUGCACCUAAGCAAGAAAGAAUCCGCCAUCUGAGUGGCAGUCUUUGGGAGCGUUCCAGUGGGGAUGGAGAAGAGCUGGAAAGACUUACCAAACUCAAGAGUGAUGACUCAGAUGACGACACUUUAUAAUGGUACCUGGUUGGUGGACAACUCACACAAACUGUGUUUGCACAUUUUCAAUUGUGGCAAUUGUCUUUUCUGAUAAAGUGAUGAUGUUUGAAAGCAUAGUAUUCUUUACAUGUAUCUAACCACUGAAUAAACAACUCCAUCUAAGACCUAUAGCAGCCACAGGGUGGCAGAGUUCUGAGACCUAAACAUAGAACUCUCUGCAUAACUGACUACCUGAUGAGUCAACAGGACACUAUGCAGAUUGUUUCUUCAGCCUCCAGGGUCCAGAAAUCAUGUUAAUUUGACCCUACAGUUACACAAAUGGAGAUAGCGUGCCAGAUACUAAUCAUCGUGUCAUAUCAUCUGCCUGCCAAGGUCAUCUCUCUCGCUCUGUCAUUGUUAUAUCAUCCUGCCUGUCCCUCAGAUUUCGAGGCCUUAGCAAUAGUCGUUUUGCUUUUAUUAAAGCAAUAACACUCUAAAAGUUUUGGCUGAAAGACCUAAGUAUCUGGCUGUGCCAUAGAUUUUAAAUAACAUCCUUUGUGAUAAAUAUUUUUAAGCUAUUAAGAAAUAAAAUUUCAAAUUUUUAUUUGUUUUUUUAAAUCAUCUUUUUUUUAAAGCUUUAUUUACAUGAAAGUUGGUUGCCAUGUUAUCAUACUUAGCACUUGUAUUUUAAUUCACCUAAGCCAUUGUAGAAUUGUUUGUUUGUUUGUUUGUUUGCUCUAUCCUUGGUUUGUACAUUUACAAAAUCUUGACAUCAUUACCUUUUGAUGUUGAGUUACUGUGCUGAGAAUUCAGUUGAUUUAUUUUUGAGUUAUUAAUUGAGCUGUAGAAUUGUUACCUAUCUUUGUGUAAUAUCCUAUUCUGAAAGUCAAGUCUCUGGCUUUAGGAUGCCUUUAUAAGAAUUAUUUUGUAAAAAAAAAAAAUAAUAAUAAUGACUUUUAAUGAAAUAGAGUAGUGUUACUCCAAGAGGGCCAGUAACCAGAAAGUCACCUCUCAACAACACUUCCUACUUAGAAGUGCAUGGUAUUUCUCAAGACAAGUUUGCAUGCAGCCAGGUGAUUCUUCAUUGGUACAGCAGUCAUGUGGCAGAUAAUUAUAAUGUAAGAAAAUAGAGUGAUUUGUUCCAGGUCUUAUAGCUGAAGGGUAGUAGAAACAAGCUUCAAGCCUGUGUGUUUACAAAUUCCUACACUGUAAAUAUGAAUUAUAAGCUAACAUGAAGUUUGCACAUUCCUUCUUCAAGUUUCCAUGUAUUUAUAUAUAAGAUAUUACUAUUAUUAUAAUCCAUCUGUCUACCCAGAAUAAUAUAACUGUUAAUAAUUGCUAAAAAUUUUUAAUUAAAAUAAUUACUAAACUCUUAUUUUGAAUCUGUACUAUGUCAUAUGAGAUGUGGUGUGGAACAACUUAAAACUUGGUCUUUGACUCAAUUUUGAUGUCUAAAGAAUGGUUAAAUUCUCUACCUUAUUGUAGGAAUUCUCACCAGAGUCGCAUGAAAUGGGAUUAACCAAUGUGAUUCAUUUUAAAGAUAAAGAAAAUAAGAUAGAGAGCACUCACUUUUAGAAAUGAGAGCAUGAAAAUUAUCUUACUGAGCUUCAGAAGAAAUUGCAAGUAUCACCUACAGGAUACUUAGUAUAGCAAUCAUUUGUAUCAGUGGUGUGGAGUCAUUUGAUUUUUCUUGUCUACAGUUAUUUUUUGCAUUCUUACUUCUUUGGAAAACAUUUAUUGCUCACCAUCGUGUUAACUAGCCACUCCCUAAAAGGGCUGAGCUGAAAAUAAAAUGUCAGAGAGAUGCACUUGGUUAUUUUAGAAGCAUUAUUAUUUUAUGAAGGACAAUGUGAAGGUAAGAGGUCCAGAACCAUUUCCCAGGUACUAAUGGAGUGGGAAUUGUAUGACCUAAAAAGUUGUCCCACAGAAAAAGGAAUAGACACAGUAAUCGUGACAUGGUUCCUACUCCAGGAACUAAAUGGCAGUGAGGUAGCAGGGCGACUCUUAUUCAUACACAUAGGCUAGAGAUCCCAACAGGUUGUAUUUCUCAGCAUUGGGCAAGGAAACAAGAAUGUGGAUACUGGUUGUGACAGGGAAAGUGGCUUAGACCUAGAUCCCAAUCCUUUCCCUAGCUGCUGCUUGCCCCGUUUUCAAGCACGGUGUACUGAAUGGCCCAGUCAGAGCAUAUUUGCUCGGCUUACAGCUAACAUUAUUUUCUUGUUUCACUCUGAAUUUCCAUGUGGAAGCCCUGUUGCUUGGGAGGUAGCUAUUGUGGCUUUGUUACUGCUAAUGUUGCUGUAAUCCUUUCUCUCUACAUAAGCCAGCUGGCUGGAUGUGCCCAGAUCCUCCUUGGUACCCUGUCCCUUUUCCUACAAUGAUUUUUCUAUGAGCUCUUAACAUUCCAAGCAGAGAAGGCUGAGCAUAGUGGUAAGAGGGUGAUUUUCUCUCUCAAAGCCUAGAUCAGAGUUCUUGAAAUUGAGUGAUAUAUUUCCACUUUUAAUGAAGAAAACAUUUGAUACAAGUUUCAACGUGAAUUUUUACUCUUAUUAAAGUACAUCCAAACAAUGUGAUUUGUGAACUUAUUUUUUCAAUACAGAUUUUCAUUGUGUUCUG